CAGAAGAAACGUUGGCACUCCACGUUCGACGAAGAGCUUCUGCAGACUCGUCCCAUUGCCCUUCGCGGAAGUCCUCGUCUUCGGUCAUAGUCAGCUAAUGUCCCACCACGAACGAACGAAGGAUCACGAGGAGACGGAGCCAGUUGUGAAAGAUUGGGGGGCCGGGCCAUGGAAGGGGAGCGUGGUGACGCACCUGAUGGCUGGCUUGAUCGCUUUCGUCGACUGGUUUCUUCCCGAACGAGUCAAGAGGAAGAAGAGAGGCUAUGGACACGAAUACGAGACGAUGAAGGCUCUGUUUCAGGCUAGGAUAUGUGGAUUUUUCUUCCUCAGCUCCAUGAUCAUUUUGGUAGGACGUUCGGGAUGUCAGGGGCGGAAUGAUGGAUGCGCGUGUGUACAGAGUGCUGUGAAUGGUUUCAUGAGGAGGAGGAGCGGACAGCGGCCGUGGAGGGGACUGUUUUUAUGUGUUGCAGGCGUUUGGGGUCUCGGGCCUCACGAUGCGAUCUACUUCCUUGUUUGCAUCCAGGUGUUUUUCACCACGCGCGAUGUCUGGUUAAAACAAACCGGCAGCGACGAAGGUACUUCCAUUUCGAUUUCUCAUCACAUAUAUCUUGUCAAACCCUUUACCCGUGGCCGUGGCUCAGACGCUGCUUUGACGUUAGGACUGAGUGUGCCGCUGAGCUGGAUCAACGUAGGUCGAUUUGUGACCUGGCCGACAUAACGGGACCACCUACGGUAUUCCGCGGCCGUGAUACUUACGAGAGAUCUUUUUUACCAGUACAUGGACGUGUUCACCUCGUUUGGAGCUUUGUUGUACGGAACUGCGCUAAUGGUGAUGCGCUACGAUAAGGUAA